UACAACCAAGAGUUUUUGCAAGUGGACGAGAGAAGGAGCGAGGUAGAGAGGGGCAAGUGAUCUCUCCAAACACAGGCGGCGUUCCGGAAACACUCACAGCCUUACAGGUAAAUCAUGGCUAAGCAUAAUAAUGUUGUGCCUAAUUCUCACUUCAGAAAGCAUUGGCAGAACUAUGUUAAAACAUGGUUCAACCAACCUGCCCGCAAGACAAGAAGACGAAUUGAUAGGCAGAAGAAGGCUGUGAAGAUUUUCCCUCGCCCUACAGCUGGACCACUUCGUCCAAUUGUUCAUGGACAAACCCUGAAGUACAAUAUGAAGGUUAGAGCUGGCAGGGGAUUUUCUCUUGAGGAGCUGAAGGCAGCUGGUAUUCCAAAGAAACUUGCCCCAACAAUUGGCAUUGCAGUUGAUCACCGCCGCAAGAACCGUUCCCUGGAGAGUCUCCAAGCUAAUGUUCAGAGGCUGAAGACUUACAAGGCUAAAUUGAUUGUGUUCCCAAGGCGUGCCUGCGAGUUUAAGGCUGGCGAUUCUGGUGCUGAGGAAUUAGCAACUGCUACUCAGGUCCAAGGUCCUUACAUGCCCAUUGAACGUGAGAAACCGUCUAUUGAUUUGGUGAAGGUUACAGAUGAGAUGAAAUCAUUUAAUGCCUAUGCCAAGCUUCGUGUUGAGCGGAUGAACCAGCGCCAGGUUGGUGCAAGGAUGAAGAAAGCUGCCGAGGCAGAGAAGGAAGACAAGAAGUAGAAUUGUGACAUGUCAUUUUUUUGUGGAUUGUGUUUUGAAAAGAAAGUCUCUCAAUAUAGAGUUCCUUAUUUGUGGGGAAUUAGGUGAAAAGUUAAUUUUCGUUAGCACAAUCAAUUUUGUUUUUUUAGCUUUGUUUUGGUUCUCAUGCGGUCAUGCCCAAUGAAAAUGAACUUCUACCCAGAUUGGGGGAGGCUGUCUCAUGAUUUAUCUAGUUUAAUUCCUAGUGCUUUUGUUUUGA